UUUGCAAAAGAGCAGAAGACAUUGUAAAUAAGAUGAAAACGUUAGUGACAGCUCGAAAUUUGAGUUGGUUUCGACAGAUUAACACAAAAUUUCAACUCUGUAGACGUUUCUCAGUAGAUAAGGCUCCAAAAAUUGGCACAGAACAAGACACUUCGUCUGCAGAGUACAAGGAGAAUUAUGAACGUAUGAAAUCUCUGGUAACAGACUUGAGGUCUACUGUCUCUAAAGUUCUACAAGGUGGGGGAGAGAAGGCUAGAGAUAGACAUGUAUCAAGAGGUAAAAUGCUUCCUAGAGACAGAAUCAACAACUUAUUAGACCCAGAGUCACCAUUUUUAGAACUGAGUCAGCUCGCCGGGUAUGAACUAUAUGGUAAUGAUGAAGUACCAGCCGGUGGUAUUAUUACGGGUAUUGGAAGAGUUUCCGGUGUAGAGUGUAUGAUAGUGACCAAUGAUCCUACUGUUAAAGGGGGUACCUACUACCCUGUUACAGUCAAAAAACACAUCAGAGCUCAGGAAAUAGCUAGAGAAAACAACCUUCCUUGUAUAUAUUUAGUUGAUUCUGGAGGAGCCAACUUACCCAGACAAGAUGGAGUUUUUCCAGAUAGAGAUCACUUUGGUCGAAUUUUUUAUAACCAAGCUAAUAUGUCAGCUCAGGGAAUUCCACAGAUAGCUGUAGUAUUAGGAAUGUGUACAGCAGGAGGAGCCUAUGUACCAGCUAUGGCAGAUGAAAGUAUUAUUGUAAAUAAGGGCACUAUAUAUCUGGCUGGACCACCAUUAGUUAAGGCAGCAACAGGGGAGGAGAUAUCAGCAGAAGAUCUGGGAGGUGCUAAAUUACAUUGUAGUAAAUCAGGGGUGACUGAUUAUUACGCAGAGGAUGACGAGCAAGCUCUUUAUCUCGCUAGACGUGCUGUUAAAAAUAUUAAUUACACCAAAAAUCCAGGGGUUACCAUAAAAAGCCCACAGGAACCCUUGUUCCCCUCACAUGAACUCUAUGGAAUCGUUGGGGCCAAUUUAAAGAAAACAUUUGAUGUAAGAGAGGUAAUAGCAAGAAUCGUAGAUGGAAGUGAAUUUGAUGAAUUUAAAGCUAUGUACGGGGAGACUUUAGUUACAGGAUUUGCCAGACUAUGGGGUUACCCUGUUGGUAUUAUUGGUAACAAUGGUGUCCUUUUUUCAGAAUCAGCAUUAAAGGGUGCACAUUUUAUAGAAUUAUGUUCACAGAGAAAUAUUCCUUUAAUUUUCUUACAAAACAUCACAGGUUUUAUGGUAGGCAGAGAAGCAGAAGCUGGGGGAAUUGCUAAAAAUGGAGCUAAAAUGGUGACAGCUGUGUCGUGUGCUAAAGUUCCAAAGUUUACUGUGAUAAUAGGGGGUUCGUAUGGAGCUGGUAAUUAUGGUAUGUGUGGCAGAGCUUACAGUCCAAGAUUUUUAUACAUGUGGCCCAACUCGAGAAUAUCAGUUAUGGGAGGGGAGCAGGCAGCUAAUGUUUUAGCCCAAAUUACCAGGGAUCAACGACAGAGAGAGGGCAAACAGUGGACAGAAGAAGAAGAAAGAGCUUUAAAAGAGCCAGUGAUCAAAAAAUACGAAAUUGAAGGACAUCCUUAUUAUUCUAGUGCAAGAUUAUGGGAUGAUGGAGUCAUCGAUCCAGCUGACACCCGAACAGUUCUUGGACUCAGUAUUAGUGCUUCUCUUAACCAACCACCAGAGAAAACACGAUUUGGUGUCUUUAGGAUGUAAUAAUGUGCACUGAAUAUAGAUAAACGGUAUGUGUGGUUAGUUCAAAAUAUCUUUAACUCAGUAUGGUUAUAGGCACAGAACUUUCAGUGAUAAUACGAUUUGGUGGCUUAAAGAUGGUAUAUCUCAUAAAACAAUGAAGACACCUGCUUGGGUGUUCUCAGGAUGUAAAAAUUAAAGCAAAAUAAGGAUGUGAUAAGGAUCAUGUUAGGAUUGGGAUACAUUCUAGGAUUUUCCACCUUAAAGUAAGACCCCCUGCAGAUUUAUUGUGAUGUGAUGGAUUUAGGAUUUAAUACGGUGUAUCUUAAAAUUUGGCUGUAGAGUUGAUCAUGACAAUCAUGUCUAAAACCACUUGUUCUGUGAAUUGAGAUUAAUAAUGAGAUUGUCAUUUAAAUCAAAAGAAAAUCUUCAUUAGUAGUUUCAUAGAAUAAAAAAAAUUAUCGCCAUUA